UAAUUUGAUUUACUGUAAUGUAUUGCAGUUGUACGUUAGCCCUCUUCUCUCCAUUCUAUACUCCAGGCCUGCCCAUUGGCAGAUGGUAUCCUCAUUCAACUUGGCUUCCUUUGGGAGAGGCUAACUGUGUGGCAGGCAGUAUGUCAAAUGGGAACAAGUCCUGCAUGUUUGGUGAUGUACCCGAUUUUCUAGCCUGCAUCUUUCACACAUUUGAGGAAUGGUCAGGACUAGGACCCCUGGAAGACUAUCUGAGCUAUCUGGAGUACUUGGCCUGGGUGUUCACCCCUCUGGUCGUCGUUUUCAUCCUGCCCUUCCUCAUUGUGAUCUUCCUCUACCUUUCCAUCCUCUUCCUCCAUGUAUACAAACACAAGAACCAGCUCAGGGAGGCCUACUCCAACAACCUUUGGGAUGGUGCUAUAAAAACGCUGGCUACGUUAUGGGAUGGCCACGGGUUCAUAUGGCACGGUAUUUAUGUGUGUGUGUAAGGGGAUGUUGCAGGGUGUUUGUUUAUGGCUUUGUUUACUUCCAUUUUACCAUGAAAAUGACUAUUGCCAAUGCUAAUAUACAUUUGUCUUUUUCUUAACAGGAUAUGAAAUCCAUGGUAUGGAGAAGAUUCCAGAUGAAGGAGCAGCUCUUAUAGUCUAUUAUCAUGGGGCUAUUCCCAUUGACUAUUAUUACUUUCUGGCAAAUGUCGUCAUUCAAAAGGGACGGAUUGUUCACUCAGUCGCUGAUUACUUUCUGUUCAAAGUUCCAGGUAAGAUCGUCACAGAUCCAUUUCCCAAUAUCUAAAUAUAAAAGUGAGAUGUUACCUUCAGCCCUCUGUAUCUAGUUGGGUCAGUAAAGUGAAUAGCCUACAGCUACCGUAGUCCAUUCUUACUACAUGAGAUGCAUAGACCCUAAAAGCAUGACCAUUUUUCUUCUCUGUAGGGUUCAAGCUGCUGUUGGAGGUGUUCAGUGUGAUCCACGGGCCCCAGGAGGAGUGUGUGAAGGCUCUGAAAAGUGGCCACCUCCUGGGCAUCUCACCUGGAGGCGUGAGGGAGGCCCUCCUCAGUGACGAGACCUAUCCACUGCUCUGGGGGAAGAGAAAAGGCUUUGCACAAGUGGCUAUCGAUUCCAAAGUGGUACAUAUUGGUUUUAGUCUCCUUCUGUCUUUGUUCUCACAGGAUGCGUCCCAAAUGGCACCCUAUUCCCUAUAUAGUGCACUACUUUUGACGAGAGCCCCAUGGCGGUCUGGAGCCCUAUAGGGAAUAGGGUGCCAUUUGGGGACAGACGCAGUACAUGUCACUUCUUACUCUCACACAGGAACAUAACUUUAUCUGAAAUCCUUUUAGAUAUUUAAUCUCUUAAACAUUUUCAGCCAAUAAUUCCGAUGUUUACUCAAAACGUCAGGGAAGGAUUCCGAUCUCUCGGAGGGUUAAGUAAGUAUGCUUAACUAUACAUUUUAAUUGCAGUGUAACUUAUUUUAUUUUAACUUCAUAAUAGUAAAUUAACUUGAAAAUGUAAUAUUUCUCAGGCUUUUUCAGAUGGUCGUAUGAAAAGUUCCGCGUGCCGAUGGCCCCUGUCUAUGGGGGUUUUCCUGUGAAGUUUCGUACAUACCUAGGCAACCCCAUCCCAUACGACCCUAACAUUAGUGCAGCAGAAUUAGCUGAAAAGGUAAGUCAUUAUGCAACUGUAAUUUAAUGGUUACUUACUGUCUGGCAUGUAGAGCACACAAAAGUCAAAUGAUUGGGAAAGACAGGGUCAGAUAAUUUUCCUUAACCUUUCUUUCUGAUUUGCAGACACAGCAAGCAGUUCAAGCACUCAUUGACAGACACCAAAUAAUUCCUGGGAAUGUCCUUCGAGCAUUACUAGAACGAUUCCACAGCAGGCAUAAAGAAAAAUAAAUAACCUUUUGAAUAGCUUUUUGUUAGUUAAAUGAAGCAGUUACUUGUUUUUAAGACAAACCGUUACAGAGUAUUAUCAUGUGAUCAAUUGAAUGUUUAACUGAUACCUGGUUUCUGUUAUUUAACUAUAUUAGUACUUUUUCCUCUGUUUGUCACAAACCAACAAGUACAGAAGAGAAGGUAAAUUGUAAAGGUGUCAUAUAACAUACAACUGUAAUUAUAUUGGUUAAUGUCAAAUGUACAAAUUGAAGACAUUUGUGCAUUGUUGUAUGAUUCCACAAUUGAUUUGCACACAUUGUUCAAAGUACCACUGGCAACAAUUUCUAUUUAAGAGGCCUUUCUUUUGCUUAAGAACUGCAAAUAAUGGAACAAUAUAGCAAUUGCUAUACAGGGAGCAAUAUAGGUAUGGAGACUGGGCAGUUUUCUUGUCUUUCAUCUGUGUACAAUGUUUGCCUUUUGAUUGAAAUAAUUGUAUAAUUUCUUUAAUUUGGGGAUUUUGUACAUUGUUGUAUUAUGUAGAUAUUUACUGUAGCCUAUGCACUUUUUAAACCUAUUGAGGUCCAUUGUCAGUGUGAUUCAAGUCAGAAAUUAUUUGUAAUGUUACAAUAAAUAUUUUAAUUAUGAGUUUUGCGUGUUACAAGUA